AUGAAAAAAAAUCCGAGAAAUUUAAAGAGGAAUAGUGGCGGGAAUUCAAGAGACCAGAAUGCUGGUAAGAUUGAAGGAACGAAAACCGGUAAAAAAACUAUUCAAAAAAGUGGCAGAAACAAGGAACAGCAAGAGAAGCAGAAUCUCUCAGUUAUUACGGUUAAACCCGAAGGCGACAUAUCCAAUCCGGAAGGCGACAAGUCCGACAAUAGCCAAUCAUUUAGUGAGGAAGAAAAUGUCGCCACCGUCCGACCGUCGAAUCCUCCCAAGAAACGAACUCGAAGACGCCCACCGGAGAAAUAUGCCGAAUAUGCUGCCUACCGAGGUCAUACAACUAGUUGGGCUGUACUAUCAAAAACGGAAAAACAACAACUUGCAGUGCAAGCAUUUGCGGAAAGUGCUGAUGGCACGGUGAAGUGUUUGAAUGAAAAAUGUAAAAAAGCUUUGAAAACAAUGGAAGAUAUUGUUAAUCAUGUAGAUAAGUGCCUGAAAUUACCGGAAUAUUUCAAAUAUGUGGGUAAGGCGGACGAGUUCCGAGCGCUUGAUAAAGUUACAAAAGCGAGAAUUUUACGGAUUUCAAUGAACGCAUUGGAGGUUUUGCCAUGUUUAAAUAUCGAAACAUUGAACUGUACACAAAAAUAUGGACAUCUCUAUGCACUAUCGUAUCAUCUCGAAAGAUGUGGUCAAGAGAAGGACCGGUUGCCUUGGAAAUGUUGGAAGUGCGGACUUGCAGCCACCGUAGCAGAUGGUCGUGAACAUUUAGCCAAAUGCACAAAUCCGAAAACAAGAAGAAGAGGACGAAGAUCGGACGAUGAAUCGUACUCCGGAAAUUCAGAAAGUGAUGAAUCUGAUGUGGAUAUUUCAAGGGAAUUGAGAAAAAAUAGAAAAUCCGAUAAGCAGAAAACAGCAUCAAUAGCGCAAGGAUAUUUGCCGGAGAAAAGUUCACGUAUGAAAGUGUCUGAUGGAAUUAAACGAUUCAAAUUUAAAAAUGCAAAUCCUGAAACAAAUGCUCCAACACCGCAUGACCUAGUGCAGUACCAAGAAACGAUUGAUCGAGCGAACGAAUUGCUUCGAACAGAGAGAGAGAAGGAAUCUCCUUGCGAUAUACUUCUCCAAUUUGCGAAUCAUCCAAAUAAUUUCAAACGUAUUGCAUCCUGUGAUUUCAGUGAAGAUUUGAAUGCAAUGCUUGAUAAGUGCUCCAUUCCUGUAUUGCUUCCUUCUGAAAAUAGCAAAGAGUGGCAACCAACAUCAUCAGAUGAAAGACCAAGUAGAAUUGUGAAGAAUGUUCAGAAAGAUCGGAUAAUUGAUGAGAAGCAAAGGUUGCCAAUUUUCGUACCCAAACCUUUGCACUGCAAGACGAGGGAAAUGCAUUUGAUGUUAGAUGAAAAUAAUGUACAUGAAAUUGGUUGUGUUGCAUAUUGUGGAGGACCAAUAUCAACGAUUAAAAGUUGUCCACGCAAACUGGAAGAUGGUCGUGAAUGCGUAGCUGUUACGAUAUUUUCUGAUGAGGAAUAUUUGGUUUCAAAAAAUCGGAAAAGUAAUGUUGACUAUGUGCAGUUUUGGUUGUAUGACAAUAAAUCGCAGAGGACCUCUGCUUCUUUGUGGUUUCUUCUGGAAGUGAACUGUAGCACAGUACUUUGCACAGCUUGGUGCCCAUCGCUGCGAAAUUCUGUUAAACAAGAUAGCAAGUUGUCAAACUUUGUUGGUAUUCUGGCAGUCGGUGGUAUAGGUGGUCCAAUUUCGCUUUAUGGGAUACGUAGUGAUCUGCCGAUUCCUUCAACCAGUGAUAAUGACCGUUUGGUAUACCGUUGCUGUGAGCCCGAUUUGGUUCUUCGUUGUUCUGAAUGCUGUAAUAAUGUACCAACUAUUUCAAUAGCAUGGAGGGAAAAAGGAGGUUCGAGCAAAUUGGCAGCUGUUGUUGCAUCAGGUCAUGUAUUAAUCUGGGAUCUGAAUGAGAGUACAACAUCUGCAAAAAUCAUACAUGAUGCCGAUUGGCUAUCUCCUCCUUUGAAUGUCGCUUUUUGUGGAUUGGAACAAUUAGCUGUAUCAUUCCGGGAAAAACUGAUUAGAAUAUAUGAUUUGGCUACGCUUACAUUUUUGAUUGAGGAAGGAGCCCAAAGAACGGCCGGAAUGCAGGUUUAUUCACGAGAAGGACUUUUCAAUGGUAUAUUUAGUUAUCAACAGGAUUUUACUCUUAGUGGCACUCACUUAACUUGCGGGACGUGUUACAUUGUAUUGGGUUCAUCAAAAGGGGAUUUUUUCGUCGUUCCAUUGGCUAAUAGGCAUGAAGUACAACUUUGGGAUAUGUGUAUAUGCCCAAAGACGGGUGCAAUAAUAUCGGCUGGGGCAGAUGGUCGUCUUCAAGUUUCGUUAAAUGGCCGUUUGGCUGCUGUUGGAUCAGAGAAAGAUUUUUUAUUUAACGCAAACCGAGUUGUCUUGACGUUGCUGAGGAAGUCUGAAGAAGAACCAUUGGUGAAGACUGUUGAACCAAAUGAUGGAGACAAUACCAAUAAUAAUACCGAAUGCGAAAAUGAGCCAAGAUUUCCUCCACCCCUGACAAAUUUACACUUGUGUGCUGAAAAAUCGCAUCUCGAAUUUUGCUUUGAAGAUAUCAAAAUCGGCAAAACUGCCAUACCACAAUUUAGCUUAGAUCUUCGCACGGAGUCACUUAAUCGAUUAGCCGUAAGUGAACCAUCUGGUCAGUUGGCAAUUUGUGGUGGUGAAGCUGGCCUUUUGAUCUUUAUUCCUUGUUAUUUGCGAUGA